GUUGUCAUCAGUGGUUUUAAGCCCGGGCAAUUAACACACUACUUUUAUUUGCCUUUGAUGACAUCACCCUGUACUUGCGGUGACAUUGAUGUGAUUGUUUCGACACUAAAGAAUGGAAGCCCUGAACUUCUAUAAUGCCCGCACAUUCGUAUUAUUUUACACAAAUGUUUUGGCGACUGAUGAGAUUAUUGCCACUUCAAAGUUAUCCUUUCGAUGCAUGCACCAUGAAACAACGACAUGGAUGAUGACAGGCUUCAACUUUUAGAAGCUCGCACUUCUGAUGACCACAUAAAAAACGGAGACAUCACCCCCUUUGCGAAAGACAGUGUUGGGUCGACACUAAAAAGGAAGGCGAACAGUAAUGGCGCUCAAGCCACACAGAGGUGUCGUGACAUGAUUCUACAUACCAGUCAACCUCAAGAGGUAGCGGGUGAUUCCGUUCCUGUGACAGAAACCACAUGGAAGGUCGACACCAAACCACAGAGCCUCCCCAAAAAGCAGAGGUGGCACAGACUUCACAUGUCUGCCAAUGCUGAACCAGCAAGAGGCACAAGGAGAAGGUCGAACAGAAAAAUCCUCACAAGCAAGCAGAGAGGCGAACAACCUGAUGGGUCUGGGAAGGGUAUACCGACCAAGACAUCCACUAGAAAGUCCACCACGAGAUCAGGGACUCUUCUAAACCAGUCUGAUGGCUCCAAGAAGGCUAAGGAGAUGAGGGGAAUGUUUAAUAGUGAACCAGAUUCUGGUAAAAAGAAGCCGAGUAGCAAACGCUUGAAGACAGGUAAAAGGACCAAAAGAAAGUCCACCAAAGAAACAGAGACACACACAAUGAAGCAGAGAAGAAAACCAACCCAGGGAACAGUAAAGGCUGCGCAAACUAAAGGGACCAGAAGAAAGUCCAGCAAAAAAACUGAGACCCCCACAAAGAAACUGAGGGCUAAAAGAAUCGGGGAGUGUUCUGCACCUUGUAAAAGGAACAGGAGAAAGUCGAGCAUAAAACCAGAGACUCUUCCGACUCUUCAGAAGCAGAAGGAUAAUCACCCCGACGGUUCGAAGAAGGCUGUGCUACUGACAAGGACAAAGAGAAAAGCCAAUACAGAACUCGGGGCUCUUGGAAAAAAACCAAGAAAGCCAAGUGAAGGACGAGUGAAUACCACCUCACCUAAAUCCACCAAGCAAAAGUGUCCCACAAAACCGGAGACUCUCAUGAAGAAAACUGAAUCGACUACGUUGUCGAAAGAGGAUGUGCUGGUUCAAAGGACAAAAAAAAGGUCGGGCAAAACGAGACACACCCUCGCAAAAAAAUGCAGAGGCCAAACAAGUGAGGGAUCUGCGAAAACCGUAGCAGGCAAGGACAGCCAUCAACAGUGUAACUCAAAGCUAGAGACACUCUCACAGAAGGUGAGUGAAAUACCCACUGAGCUGUCUGUGGUCUUUUUUGGGGAGACCAAGAAAGAGGCCAGUACGGAGCGGAUGACAGGGAUGAAGAGGAGCAGUGAAAACCCACCCAGGUUCAAAGGCUCAUCAACCUCCCAACAGGCUGCAAUCAAUCGAGCCUUGUUUGCAGAGAAAUAUCAGCAAGUUAAUAAGCUUGGUGAAGGAGGCUUUGGAUCGGUUUAUGCCGGUUACAGGAAAAGUGAUUGUUUUCCGGUGGCGAUUAAAUAUAUACCGAAAGAGGUCAAAAGUGUCCCAUUGAACAUCAAUGGAUUGAAGAAGGACAUCCCCAUCGAGGCAUUGCUCAUGCUACAAGCAUCAAUCAAAAAAAACUCGGACGGCAAGUCUGCAGUCGUGUCGUUGUUGAACAAAUAUGAUCUGGAGCACGAGAUUGUACUGGUCAUGGAGAGGCCAGUCCCGUCUGUGGACCUGUUUACUUACAUUACCAGAUGUAGGAUUGGCGCCCUGCCCGAGUGUGAGGCAAAGAACAUCAUGAAGCAGCUGGUCGUGGCAGCUAUCAACAUGCAUGCUGUGGAUGUUUUCCAUCGAGAUUUGAAGCAAGAAAAUAUUCUUUUGGAGGCCACAUCUGGUGUCCCUCGUGUGCGAAUCAUUGAUUUUGGUUGUAGCUGUUUUGCAAGCAACGAGCCUUAUCGGGACUACAACGGCACCUUGUGUUAUGCUCCUCCAGAGUAUGUUCUAAGACGAACGUACAGCGCCGGUCCGACCACUGUGUGGCAUCUGGGCGCGCUUCUUUUUGAGUUAAUGGCUGGAACUAAGCGGUUUGAUACAGUCAUGUUCCUCUCCCAGAUGCUAAGACUGAAUCGGGUUCUAUCGGAAGAAUGCGAAGAUUUCUUGUGGAAAUGCUUGACUUUGGAUCCGGAGAAGCGGGCCACACUGGAGCAGAUGCAGCAGCACCCGUGGCUCAUAUGAUCCGAUACAACACGCGGCACAGUUUUCCUAUUUCCCGGUAGCACUGGGAAAAAAAAAAAAAUCAAAGUUGAUGAGAUGGAAAAGCUGUCCAUCACCAUCAGAACAAAAUGCUGACGAUGUUCACCAACACUUGAACAAAAAUUUGAACUAUCAACUGAUAAAAACUUCCGCGAUGAAGAAAUCCAAGCUUAUCUCUUUGGUCACAAUGGCUAACAAGUUCGAUCACGGGUGUAGCCGGUUGAAGCUGAGUAAAAUGAAUCUACAAGUGUCCACACUUAUCCGACUGAGCGGCAAAGUCUUGCCAGAGUUAGCGAGCAUGGUGAAUGUUUUUUUGUGAAAGAUUCCAAAUACGUUUGCCGGACAUUUUUUUUUGUUGGCACCAUGGAAACGUUCUCAAAAUGUCUUUGCUAGAAGACAAAUGAUUUCAAUCGGUCCGGCAAACAUCUUUACAAUCGCUAACGAACCCUGACGGAAAUCCCAGCAACUCGACCAAGUCCAAGCACUCCAAAACCAUCUGCCGUGAAAGCCAGUAUUUAUUUUACUGAGCGGCAAAGUCUACCCCAGUAACCCAAUCGUAGGUCUGUCUGUUUUUGUUUUGUUUUAAUCUGAGCGUUGGUACACAAUAUCAUGCUGAUGUCAGGAUUAGAUCCAGUGAUGCAACAAAUUUAUCACACACUUCCCCACAUUAUUUGUGACAUAUGUAGGCUAGUCAUGACAAGCAUAUUGCAUGCCUGCACAGCAUGCACAUUUUCAUGCACGACACGGUCGAAUUGUCCUCAGACUUGCUGUCAAAGUGUGUGGGUGCGGGGAGGGGGGGGGUCGCCUUCCACCGCCACUCCACCCACAGCCACCGCUGCCUCGGAGCGUUGGACAUGAAUUGAACCCCUGAAGGUGGAUAUUCA